CUGCAGCCAACUUCACUGGCAUACGUGGAAUGAACGAAUAAAAAUAAUAGACGAAAAGAAACGAAAACUGACAUUUUCUUGCAUUCACAACUUUCGUUUGAAAUCAUUUGUGUUUUGUACGUGUAACAAUAUUGAAAUCAUAGAAAAACAAAACAAUGCCUGCACCAGCUAGUUCAACCUCAGUGGGCAGUGGCACCCGCUCGCCCAGCAAAUUGUCAGCACCACGUAGCGCUGGUGCUGGAGGCAGCAAUUUAAAACAACGUAAAACCACCAGCAGCACCACUGCUGCACGUAGCCGUACUACCGGUGGCGCAGGUACUGGUGGCAUGUGGCGUUUCUAUACCGAUGAUUCUCCCGGCAUCAAAGUAGGUCCUGUCCCCGUUUUGGUAAUGUCUCUUUUGUUCAUUGCCUCCGUUUUCAUGUUGCACAUCUGGGGCAAAUACAACCGCUCUUAAAUGACGUACAUGACGUGUGCAAUGAAAUUUUGUUACCUUCAACUCCGUGUGUGUUGAUAUUGUUGUCGUCUUUCGUGUAUCGAACGUAACCCAAUUUUAUUCUUCAUUCAUUCAACUUUGUCGACGUCAUCAUGAAUGGGUCGGUCGGUUGUUCAUUACCGCUGUU